AUAGUUUACUCGUUAAAUGUUAUUUUAAUAAAAUACUCCCUGUACACGAGCUAUUUCUUAAUCGAUUAUUAUUAAAACGAGCAUAUUUUAAUAAACGAAACGGUAAUAAUAAUAUAAUCAUAUUAAGUUUAAAUUCGGCGCUAGUGGAUGAGUAACAAAUUAAUCAACCUUCUUUCGAGGUGUUGUUCGGGUGCCGUUCUCUGCCUUCAAGAUGGCGGUUGCUCAGACGAAUAAUUCAAUCACUCCUCCUGUACAAAAAGCGCAGUACGGAAAAGUUAUUUUAUCUUUAGAAAAUUGUAUUUUACCACCCGAAAAGAUAUCUCCCACUCCAUCUUUGAUUGAUGGUUUGGAUCAAGAGACAGAAAUGGAUCUGAGGAUUCUCGGUUGUGAAUUGAUUCAGACUUCCGGUAUUUUAUUGCGUUUACCUCAAGUUGCAAUGGCCACAGGACAAGUACUAUUUCAAAGAUUUUACUAUUCCAAGUCAUUUGUUCGACAUAGUAUGGAGAUUGUGGCCAUGGCAUGCAUCACUUUGGCAUCUAAAAUUGAAGAAGCUCCUCGUAGAAUAAGAGAUGUUAUAAAUGUAUUUCAUCACAUUAAACAAGUGAGAACUGGAAAGACAAUACAACCUUUAAUUUUGGAUCAGAAUUAUAUUAAUUUGAAAAAUCAAGUUAUUAAAGCAGAAAGACGAAUUCUUAAAGAACUUGGAUUUUGUGUUCAUGUAAAGCAUCCCCAUAAGAUAAUUGUAACUUUAUUAGAAGUAUUAAAGUGUAAAAACCAGAAACUUAUGCAGACAGCAUGGAAUUAUAUGAAUGACAGCCUGAGAACAAAUGUUUUUGUGAAAUAUCAUCCAGAAACAAUAGCAUGUGCAUGUAUUUAUUUAAGUGCAAGAUUGUUAAAGAUUCCUCUACCUAAUAAACCACCAUGGUAUCUGAUCUUCAACGUCACAGAGAAUAAUAUUCAGGAUAUCUGUAGUACAAUAUUGCAUUUGUAUGCAAGAAAAAAGGCUGAUCCUGAAAAAUUGGAAAAAAUAAUAGAAGAUCUAAGAAAGGCACAUCAGGAAGCAAAAUUAAAGGCUAAAGGAAUAUCUGGAAAUUCAACUCCUACACCAAAUGCCAAUUCUGGAUUUUCUCCUGGUUCUAGACAGAACUCACCAAAACAAGGCCACUCACCUGUUGAAGUAAAGAGAGAAAAAGAUGUGCACAAUUCAGCAGCAAGUCCAAAGAACGAGAGAGAACCAAAUCACGUUGCUCCAGUGAAAAGAAAACCUCCCAGUUUGUCUCCAAAUAGUCCUAGUCCCUCCAGCAAGAAGGAUCGUUCAGGAUCUUCCGCCAGUCACAGUGGGAGUCGCAGUCCUUCACCCAAAAGAAGAGCCAAAACUCCUCCUCGUAGCUACAAGCCUGUCCAUCGAGCGCGUUCACGUUCUAGGACGAGGGAAAUAAAAGAAAAUAAGCACCGUUCCUUUCACAAACGAAAAAGAAGCCAUUCUCGUAGCCGCAGCAAAUCGCAUAGUCAUUCUCCUCAUAGACACAGUAAAAGAAGUUACAAAAAGGAGCGAGAGAGGGAGAAAUUACGUCACAUGUCACGCUCAAGAUCCAGAGAACGAAAUCAUCACUCGAAUUCUUACGAGAAGUCUCAUAAAUCUAGGAAAGAACGAUCCAAAGACAUUUCUAAUCAUCGCAGUCGCUCCCGAGAACGAAGUCGGCGGUGACAUAAAUUUUCCUGCGAAUAUUAGCGCUACAAAAUUUGUAAUUUUUUUUGUGUGUGUGGUGUUACCGGACGUCUACAAUUAUUGUGAAUUAGAGAGGAGUUUUUGACAUUGCCAUAUACUGAUUUCACUGUAAAAAGAUGCUAAUUUUAAUAUGGAAUAAAUUCAUAUAUCUGUUAA